UUCCCACACAGAGAAGAAAAGAGAAGAAAGCAGUCAGAGAGAGUCAGAGAGGGAAGCCCGGGCUGCAGCUCCACUGAUGUUCGUCCAGGAGUAAAAAAAAAAACAGACAUGCAUUCAGCAGGCAAGUCGUGGCUGCUGCUCACAGGCUUCAUUCUCUUUUAUAUCAUCUACCUGCUGUUCGGAGCUCUGGUUUUCUCCAGCAUCGAGCGGCCUGUGGAGGACAAGCUGCGAGAGGACUUGGACGCCUUGAAGCAGGAGUUUCUGAACCAGAGCUGCGUCAACGCCGCGUCCCUGGAGCGCUUUCUGGUUAAAGUGCUGACGGCCAACAAGUACGGCGUCUCCGUCCUCAGAAACUCCUCUUUUAGCUCAAACUGGGACCUGGCUUCCUCCAUGUUCUUCGCCAACACUCUGGUCACCACAGUCGGUUAUGGUCACAACACUCCUCUGUCAGACCCUGGAAAAGUGUUCUCCAUCGUCUACGCCCUGAUCGGAGUCCCCUUCACCAUGCUGGUGCUGACGGCCUGCGUGCAGAGGCUCAUGUACCCUCUGGUCCUCGCUCCCGUUGGCCGCCUGCAGCGUUCGGGCAUGGAGCCCCGGCCCGCCACCGUCCUCCACUUCCUGUUGCUGCUGGUUCUGGUGGUGUUGUUCUUCUUCGUGGCGCCGGCGGCCGUGUUCAGCGCGGUGGAGAUGACCUGGUCUUUCCUGGACGGCAUCUACUUCUGUUUCAUCUCGCUCUGCACCAUCGGGCUGGGGGACUUUGUUCCAGGGACGCAACCUACACAGAAGUACAGAUCCCUGUACCAGGUCUCUGUCAUGGUCUACCUGUUCGUUGGUCUGAUGAUGAUGUACCUCCUGCUACGCACCUUCCACAAAAUGGCCGACCUGCACGGCCUCACCACCCUCCUGCAGCUGCCGCGCUGUGAGGAGACUGACCUGGACGAAGAGAGAGAGCCCAUUGUUGAGAACGGACAAAGAAACCCGACGCCCCCUUUCGUCACAGGAAAAGAAGACAACAGACCCCUGGAGCCGGGAUCACAGCUGACAUACAACACCAUCAACAAAGGCUGAGCUGAGGGGACGCAGAGAAGGAGAAAAAGCAGCUCUACCUCCGUCGACCUAUUGGGCUUGAACUGGUGGUUAAACACCCGGACUGGUUGGGCUGAAUCUGAAUUCUUGUCUUAAUCGUUUCAUUCAUGACAUCUGUUUUGUAAAAGGCGAGCGGAAUGAGGGAUUGAGGCGAGUGUUGAGAUUCAGCCUUUGUGUGUGUGAGCCAACAAACACCUUCCAUCCCUUAAUGCACACCUGAGAGGACUAUCAGAACUGGACUACGGCAACCCACCUAGGCAAAAAGGCACAUGUUGCUUUUCCUCAGCGCUGGUGUAACUGCGGUGUGUUCACAGCUUCAGCGUAGCACAUGAUGGGCUCAGACUUUGGACACCGGUUUGUUGUUUUCAGGUCACUUUGUACUUUGUCUUUUUGUUCCACUGGUUUGGGUUACAAGUUCAGGACUCUAACAAACAUUGUGUUUUAUUGAUCUGGAACGCUAACUGUCAAACCGUCUGCAGUUGCACUUAACCAUCUGAACCUUACCGGACUACUACUGGCGGUUUGAAUUGUUCGACUUCUUCCAGUUAUUUUUCACAUUUGCACAUUUUGACUGAAACCCCCCCCCCCCUUAGAAAACUGUUCAGACCGCCCAGUCAGAAUAAGCGUUGGCUUUUAUUUGUUUUUGCACAACUUGAAUCCAUCUUCCCAAGCGUGCAUGAUCACAGCUGCAGUGCCUUUUAAAAUAGUUCAAACUUGUGUUCACUUCCACAAAGACUAGUUUUAUGAAGAGCUCUGCUGAACACAGCAGACUUUCACUAGAAUGCGUUCUGCAUUACAUCAGAUCCUGUGUGAAAAUAGGGAACUUGUCUGUGUCUGUGUCGGCCUUGAUAAAUAAAGGAACUCCAGACGAGCCUCAGGACAGAGGCUGUUCACCUUCAGUGCCUCCCUCUAGUGUCUACAUGAAGUAUAGCAGCACAUUGUUUCUCCUUUCAAUCGGUCAUUGUAAGGGUUGGAACAGACUGAAGAAUGAAUGGAAACAAUAAAAAAAAAUCUGAGGACCUGAGGUGCUUCUUUAGGGUGAUAAAUCCACCAGAAUAAACCUUUGAAAUGCACUUUAACGUUCACAACAGUUCUUUCCAACUGAGCUGUAGUCGAGUGAAGUGGCUGAUCAUAACCUGAUAUUGUUAAAUAUGUUGUUUGUAUGUAGAUGUAGUUUGAUGUGUAUUCAUGUAGGACCACUGUUCAUUAAAAAAAACAUGUUUGCUGUUAUUUUUCAUCUUAAAGCAUGUCAAACUCAUCUUCACUUUUAGCAGACAAUGCAAAGAAUCAAUGACUGAAUAUAUUUCUGGUUUCCUCAAGGUGCUCUUACACUCCUAAAGUGGGAGAGCAUUCAAGACCUGUACUAACUGCUCACAAGCAUCCACUUUAAAUAAAAUAAUGUGACAUGGUU